UAUUAGCCAAGAUCGUCAGGGAUGCAACCACAUGCCCCACGUGUCCCUAACCUCUGACUGCCGAAGCUGCGACUGGAAAACUGGGGAUGGAUCCUGUUCUGGUCACUCCCUGAGUUAUCUGGCACCAGCCACUGUCUGAAGAAGACAAGCUACUGGGCUGGAUGCCCAGGGGUCUGCACAGGCAUUUAAAUUUGACUGCUUUUGGAGAGACUGGUAGUGAAAUUGUAAUAGGACAUGGCAACCAGCUUACAGCUUUAUAAGAAGAGUACAUUUCCUCCUCUUCUGAAUAUUUAUCAGCUGCCGCAUUUCAGGAAUCAGAAUGACAAAAUCCCCAAAAAGAUGAUGAUGAAAAAUGACAACGGGAAGAAGAGGAGUAACAAAUCAUCAUUUAGUGAUGAAGACAAAGAAGAUGCAAUAAAACGGGCCCUGCUAGAACAGCACCAUCUUGAAAAUUACAAGAAUCUAUACAGGCUGAGAAAUGCCAUGUAUGUGCGUUACAGGGAUUUGUUGAACAAGAAAGUUCAAAAGCAACGAAUUCAGAUCCGAAUGUCUGAUCUCAACUUCAAGCAAAAUCUUGAACAGCAAGGAAGAGAAAAGUGUAUCCCUGGACAUCAAGUGCCCUACUGCAAAUUGUCUCACGAUGCUAAGUACCUCAAGUCUAUUCCACAGUCCAGUAAUUACCUGAUUAUAGGAUUGCAGAAUGAGUUAACUAGACAAGGAAUCUUAAAGAACAAGCAAGAUUAUGAAGACUUUUGGACACUGAUCCUAGAGAGCACUCACGGUUCACUGCUUAAAGAAAAACUUCAGGAUAUAAAAUUAAAAAUGGCUGCAGCUAAGUCUUUUCCUUCACAUCCUGUUGUGAGAACCAGUGCAGCACAGUCAGCGAAUGUCCUUCUGAGCAACCGAUGUGGACAGCUGAAAAUGAGCUCAACUUCUCUACCAGGAUCAGUGUCCUGCCAGCCUCCAGUUCAUCAUCCAAGUAAACACACAAAGGCCAAAGAACAAACUGAGCAAUUUCCUAAGCUGCUGCUUUCUUGGCUUUCUGAAUUGCAGAAAAGGCCUGAAGAGCAAUCCAGAACUCAGGAGGUGAGCAAACCUUGCAAAAGGACUAGGAAGCAUUUCCACCAUGAACGACGUCUGAUUUACUUGCAUCAUAUGUAUCAUCUCGCCCUUCUUAAUAUGACAUCUUCCAAGAGACUGCUGGAGAAAAAAGGCCAGUUUGCAGUUGCUGAAAAAGAGCACAGUGUCCAUGAUCUGAUGGAAUACUUGUUUCCAAGUCAUCAGAAACAACCUGGAAAUAGCACCACUGAAAGAGGGAUAGAGGAAAGCACAUUUCCCAUUUUGCUAGAUAGGAAACAGCAUGGGCAAUGUCACAGGGGCUUCUCCAAAGCACACACCAUUUUUAAAGAAAUGAAAAACCAUUCAAAGGAGAAACAUGAAAAUAAAGGAGCUGUUGAAAUGUUGGAGGAUCAGAAAUACAAUAACAGUGCCUUUGCCCCACAUGAAAUGAUCCCUGUGCCUCUUACUAUGGAAGAUGUGGUUUUGAACAAUCCAGUUGUGGCAUGUAUUUUUAUUUACUCUUUUGUCCCCACCAUCAGGUCAGUGCUGUAUAGCCUGAAGGAGCUGCCAUACACUUUUACCCCAAAGAUUAAAAGUUCCUUGUAGUACUCAGAGAGCAGAACUAUUAUAGCAUCAAAUUCUACCCUCCAGUGCAUGCAGAGGACUCCCCUUGAGAUCAGUGGAAGCUGUGAACAUAGAGUGAAGGACAGAAGUAUGGCCAAGUGACCAACAAAUAUGUGCAGAAACUCACACAGCUGGGGGGCAUCCUUUUCACUUAAACUGCUUUACAGGAGCAUCAUUCAUCCACUGCUUUAUCCCUUUGAAAUGGUGGGAAGUCAGGCAGAGGGAAGGAUUGAACUUGCAGCCACUUAUGCUGACAAGCCCAGCAUAUCCUGCCACACCAAAGACAGUCUGGGUUUGGCAAAGUUCCUGGCGUUCACCACCAGGAGAGCUUCUCCACCUUUAAGAGGUUCAUUAGAGCAUGACCCUUGCUCCAAAUCCUUUUGCUGGCCAGUAACCAUCAGGGUGAGUGGAACUAUAUUGGGGCAACGAGGGGUGAGUUUAUCAAGGCAUCAGAAGGAAGAUGUAGUGGUGAGCAAGGCAAGACAGGACAUAUGGAGCAUGAGGCAGGGAGUGGACCUGCUGGGGAAGAGGGAGAAAAGAUGUUAGGGAACAUGGGGAGAUUACAGCCACGUCAGGCAGAAAGCAGCAGGGGAGUAUU